AUGGUGCCAUCACCACGGAGCACAGCUAACGGUAGCUACAGCAAGGCCGAGGACCGAGAGAGACAUGACUACCGUGGAUCAUCCGGGGAGCCUCAACAACAUCCUGAUUCUGAGGAAGCAGAGAAGAGCCUCUCCAGAUCAGAAUACCUCAUUAAACACCAGCGGACACCUACAGGGAAGAAACCGCUCCGCUGCUCUGAAUGUGGGAAGAGUUAUUCAAGAUCAGAUUCACUAAAAUUACACCUGAGAAUUCACACAGGUGAGAAGCUUUUCAACUGUGAUCAAUGUGGGAAGAGUUACUCAAGAUCAGAUUCACAAAAAUUACACCUGAGAAUUCACACAGGUGAGAAGCUUUUCAACUGUGAUCAAUGUGGGAAGAGAUGCACCUCUUCGUCAGAACUUAAAAUACACCAGAGAAUCCACACAGGAGAGAAACCUUAUCGCUGCUCACAGUGUGGCAUGACUUUCUCCAGAUCACAUUCAUUGAAAUCACACCUGAGAAUUCAUACAGGAGAGAAAACGUAUGGCUGUUAUCAAUGUGGGAAGAGUUUUGCUCAGUCAAAUAACCUGAUAUCACACCAGAGAACUCACACAGGAGAGCAGCCUUAUAGCUGUUAUCAAUGUGGGAAGAGUUUUGCUCAGUCAACCAACCUGAUAUCACACCAGAGAACUCACACUGGAGAGAAGCCUUAUAGCUGUGAUCAAUGUGAGAAGAGAUACUCUGAUUUAAGAGAUCUGAUUAAACAUCAGAAAAUGCACACAGUAGAUCCACAGAGAAUGUCAGCAGAUGGCGGUGUGCAGAUUUCAGGCGAUACCGCUUGUGUGACGUCUAAUGUAGUGGACGGACACUUCAUCAACAGUAAAACAACAGAAGGUCGGCCACCUCCGUAG